CAGUGGAAAGAGAGAGUAGAGAGGGGUGGGGAGUCCAUGGAGAGAGCAGACGGAGAGGUGAUCCAGUGUACAGACAACCCUUCGCCCACACAGCAGACACACGUUUUUUUGAGGUGACACAGAUUCUUAAAAGAGUCCACACAGUCUGCCACCAUGCUGCACCCUUUAAUCAUCGGCAUUAUUACUGUAAACACCUCCCUAACUGUUGUCUAUUGGACCUUCAUCCUGAGCGAUGCCUACCUCAAAUGGAUGAUGGAGCCAGAAGACAAACCCAAGAAGGAGGUCACCCCAGCCUGAGGGAGUCACAGUCAAUAUGGACUGACCGAAUGACUGGGUGUUAUUAUUUUGUUUUGCUUAGGACUAGUUUGCGAGAGCAGUUCAGCUUAUAGUGCUUUCUGUGGAGUCUGAUUUUGCAUCUGAUCUGCUUUCUGUUUCACCUGGAGAAGACUGGGAAACCUCUUUUUUUUGCUAAUUUAUAUAUUUUUUACUGAACUGAAUGGAUCCUGCAAGUGAAUGAGAAAGGAAUCAUUCUUACAGAGCCGUCUGUGUGCGAUACACAACAAUUUGGACAUCUUUUCAUUCACAAGUCAAAGAAAAAAGUUUUCACAGUGCCAUGAAGGAGCUUGGAUCCACAAAAAGAAAAUAAAUCUGUGAUCACCCAAAAAAAAACUCUGAAGAUUCACAACAUUUUUUGAACAGACUAUCCUAAAAUAAUAAAGACAGUAUCCACUUAUCAACUCCAUCAUGAACCAACAACAACUUGUGCCCCUGAACGCCUCAGGUGGAGCUACUCUCUUGAACCUCACACAACUGGUGUUUGAGCACCGACAGCUCCUCCAGCUGUCCAGGAGGAAGGAGGAAGAGGCCUAUUUCGUGGACUAUAUACCGCCAGCAAGAGAUGCUAUAACUCUGCCGCGCAAUGUAAUCUAUGUCCUGGUCGGGGUGGUGUUGGUUAUAGUGGCCACUUACGCCAUUGUGGGACAUCUGAUUAAAGAUCUGAUGCAUGAUCUGGCAGACUGGAUUCUUGGCCCCAAACCAGUGGAGGAGGAUUCAGAGGAAGGGAGAGCAGAAACAGAAAAAGAGUGGCAACUGAGCGUUUCCAGUAAGCUGAUGGAGAAAGACAGGCUGGAGAUGGAGAAGGAAAGGGACGGGCUGUUGCCUGGUUUCCACCGGGGAGACGCAGGCUGCCACCGUCCAUCCUCCCCUCCUCCUCUGCAAAGCACCAUCACUUCAUCAUACCCUGGAGAAAAAAGGAUAUCUACUCAUAGUGUGACCUUCGCCUGCCCCAUGACCCCUUAUGUCACUUCCCUUUGAGUUUUGCAACAUCACUUUGUCGCAGCAGUGGCUCAGUUCAGUUUUUGUCACAUAUCUCAUUUCAGUGCAGUAAUCAGUGUUGUCUCUUUGCUGUAGGGAUGCUGUAGUAGCCUAGGCAUUUUUGUUUUAUAUAAAACACACCUAUAGUUUGUUCUCAUUUUGCUGAGAAACAAAUGCUUAUUUUGAUUACUUAAUGUGUGUAAACCUGGUCCACAUUGUCAUUCAUUCAAAAUACACUACCGUUUUCUGUCCAAAUUCCUCAGGCUAAGAAAUGUAAAUUAUGUAUGAUGUAAACUUCAAAGAUGUUGUUGUGAGCUGUAAAAAAAUACAUUUUAUUUUAAUAACUGAAAUUUAAAUCCCAAAAUGUUUACAUCUUGAAAGCUCUUUUACAAUGAAAAUGUUAAAUUCUUCUAUGAAAACGUCAAGAAAGUUUUGUAAAAUUGCAAAUGAUGUGUAAUUUCUGUGCAUUUUCCUCACUAAUGGGUCAAACUGUCAUAACCUGCAUUUUCCCAUUACAUCACUCACGUUGUUGUAAUGUGUCACUGAAGAAAAAAAAAAUCAAUCACGUCAGUUUUCCUGUUCUGGUGUAGGACUAAGCCUCUCUUCAGUAAACAACUGAAUAAUACAA